AUGACCUCCUCAAUCUCAACUUCGACCUCAGCGGGAUCGUCCAACCCUUCCGCUUCAGCGGAUAUCCGACUAUACAAGAACCGAGCGUCUUACUCCCUCCAAGCAGCUCUGAGCAUAUUCCGUGAAGCACCAAUAGCGCAUAUAGCGUUCGUUCAUCCCGGAGAUCCGGGUGAUAAAGGGAGGGGAAAGACGGUCAUGAACGUUCCGCUUAUUACUGUGAUUGUCUUGGAAGAAGAUGGUGAUGAGGAUGAUCAAAAUGAUUAUUCAGUUUAUCUGCAUACACAUAGGCAUUCGGGUCUGGUAGAGGCUGUGUUGGAUGGUAAACAUGGAAUAACAGCUACGACCACCAAGAUCGAUGGUAUGAUCUUUUCCCCUACGGCACACGACCACACCCUAAAUUAUCGCUCUGCAACUUUACACCUGUCUUCGGGUCGACUCUUAGAUGACGAAGUAGGUAGUAAAGAACACGAGGAGAAGCGCAGGGUCUUGGGGAUAGUGACAAAUACAGUAACGGGUUACGACAGGAUAUCGUCGGUUGGUGUACCCGACGACGCAGCUGUGAAAAGGACGACGGUGAUCAAGUUCAAAAUUGAGAAAAUCAGUUGUAAGCAGCGGUACGGAGGAUUCAACGGCGCGGAGGAACCUCAGGAGGAAGCACCGAAAGGAAAGGAGACGGAUAGUUUCACUGGUGUUGUACCCUGCUGGACUCAAUGGGGGGAACCGAUAGGUUAUGGAAGGGAUGCGAAACAAAUCAAAGAUUUGAAAGAGACUAAAUCAACAGGCGGGCGAGAGUUUGCUGAGAAAGUUGCUUGGGCCGAUGAUGAGAUUCAAAUCGAAGGUUUGGGUAAAAAGAGACAGUAG